CCCCUCCUCUCUCCUCUGCCAAGAAACCUCUGUCACCUGCUUUCAGACAACCGGGGCAAGCGGCACCGAGACGAAAGGGCAGAGGGAAGUCAGCGGCACGGGGACCCCCAGGCUGGGGUGCCAGGUGGGCUCUGCUUCACUUGCUCCUCCAUCGUUUGGGCUGGGGCACUAGGCUCACAGGCAAAGUGUCGUGCAGGGAGGCAGAGGGAGCUUGGCUGCCGGAGAAUGGCAGCAGGAUUUAACUAGGAGGGCACGGCUCGCUGGGAGAGGACGCACGGGAGCCGAGGGAACUGCGGGAGACAAGAGCGGCUUCUCAGCACCGUUGCCAGUCCUGCGAAGCAACAUGAGUCUCAAGGGAUCCCUCAGCAGCAACCCCGGCUCAUCAAAUGGCAGCAUGGGCAGAGCGGAUGGAGCCUCCAAGCUGAGCGCAAAGGACCUGUAUGAACAAAGGAAAAAAUACUCCAACUCCAAUGUCAUUAUGCAUGAGACUUCACAGUACCACGUACAGCACUUGGCUACCUUCAUCAUGGACAAGAGCGAGUCCAUCGUGACAGUGGACGAUGCUAUCCGAAAACUCAUCUUGCUCAACUCAAAAGAGAAGAUCUGGACACAGGAGAUGCUGCUGCAAGUGAACGACAAGUCCAUCCGCUUGCUGGACUGCGAGUCGCAGGAGGAGCUGGAGGACUUCCCUCUGCCGACAGUCCAGCACUGCCAAACGGUGCUGAAUCAGAUGCGCUAUUCCUCCAUCCUCCUCCUGGUGUGUCAGGAUUCGGAGCAGCACAAACCUGACAUCCACUUCUUCAACUGCGACGAGGUGGAGGCGGAGAUGGUUCAUGAGGACAUAGAAAGUGCCCUGGCAGACCACAAGCAUGGGAAGAAGAUACGCCCACAGACACUCAAAGCAAACCAAGAAAAGAUCAGGCAGAGACAAUCCAUCCUCCCACCACCGCAAGGGCCGGCUCCCAUCCCCAUCCAGCACGACACGCGGGGCUCAGCGAUGAACAGGAACCGGGUGGCACCUCCUUCCCAGCACAAUCCGGACUAUGAACGACGAGGCUCCGGGUCUCACGACCAUGAAGAGUCCCGAGCCAUCUUAGCACAGAAGAUUGAAAAAGAAACGCAAAUCCUGAACUGCACUCUGGAUGACAUUGAAGUGUUUGUCGCCAGGCUUCAGAAGGCUGCAGAGGCAUUCAGACAGCUCAACCAAAGGAAGAAAGGGAAGAAGAACAAGAAGAAAGGGCCAGCAGAGGGCAUGCUGACUCUUCGAGCAAGACCCCCAAGCGAGGCUGAGUUCAUCGACUGCUUCCAGAAAACCAAACUGGCUUUUAACCUCUUGGCCAAACUGAGAAAGCACAUCCAGAACCCCAGCGCUUCAGAGUUGGUGCAUUUCCUAUUUGGGCCACUGGAACUGAUCAUCAGUAGCUGUGGUGGCCCUGAGCUUGCCAGGUCUGUCGUCAGCCCACUUCUUUCCAAAGACGCCACAGAUUUCCUCAGAGGACACCUGACACCAAAAGAGAUAAACCUCUGGGACUCCCUGGGAGAUACAUGGACCAGAUCCAGAGCUGAGUGGCCCCGAGAAGCAAACAUCCCCACCUACAUCCCCAAAUUCCGCAAUGGCUGGGAACCACCCGUGGAAAUCUUCCGCGGAGCUCCCUGGGAAAUAGACAUUGGACACUUGCAAGAAGAGCUAUCAUCAGCCAAUGGAUAUCCUUACCGUAACUCCUCGCUCAAGCGUGGCCAGACCACGGAUCAGACACAAGCUGUGGAUGCCUUUAAACAGAAUGUAACUCAGCAUGUAAAUAGGAAUUUUGAGGCACAAGGGAUGGCUCAGCCGAAGAGAUAUGCCAAAAUCCGCUACGAUUUCACCGCACGAAAUGCCAAUGAACUCUCAGUGCUUAAGGAUGAAAUCCUGGAGGUGUUGGAAGAUAAUAAGCAGUGGUGGAAGUUGCUUAACCGGAGUGGGCAGGCAGGUUAUGUCCCUUAUAAUAUCCUGGAUGUGGUGAAACUGGAAGAGCUCGAACAGUCUAACCAGAGGUACAAAGGAGACCCAAGCCCCAGGGGAUAUGGACCAUCCAGCCCAACUCACAAGCUACCUGCCAGCUACGCAGGGGAUAAAUGGGGAAGUGAAAUGUUAUCACGCAACUCUCCCCAGGACGCCAAAGAACAACUUAUUCAUCAAAUGGAUGAGCUUAAUGAUGAGUUGCUAAAGAAGAUCACAAACAAUAAAAUUCAGCCUCCCCAGAGGAAUUUCAAAGUGGAGAAGCCUCAGCAAGUUUUUGUGCCCCUCACCUUUGAAUCCAGCACUGAAGAAGUCAAAGCUUGGCUGGAGGCAAAGUCAUUCAGCAAAGAGACAGUGGAACACCUUGGCAUCCUUACCGGAGCUCAGCUCUUCUCCCUUAACAGAGAGGAGCUAAAAAAAGUAUGUGGUGAUGAGGGAAACAGAGUAUACAGUAAAAUCACAGUGGAGAAAAAUCUACUGGAGAAAAGCAGAGGGGAAUCAGAGCUCCAAGAAAUCAUGAAGCGUCGCCAGGAAAGGAUUGAUUCUGCUAAUUAAAAUCUAUCUGCUUUAUUUCAGCUAUUAGUCAUAGUAGUGCAGGAAAAGGGAAUGAAAGCAAUGAUCCCCAGUCCAGAGGAGAGAUGGCAGUGCUCCACACUUAACAGUAUAAUUGCCAUCAAAGUGACACUUUCUUGAACACUGUUGAUAAGGGUAGACAGUAAGACCACGUCCCAUUGGGAAAGGUGUUUUAAUAUUGCAUGAAGUAUUUUUUAUAACUAUAUAUUUUAUACUGAAAUUUUAUGUGCAUGUGAUCAGAGCAGAUCAGAAUUCACACGUGUCUGAAUGUACAACAAUGGCUGGAUUCAAGCAAAAAAGACCCUGCAAAGCUUUCCUCGUGUGCAUGUGAUCAGAGCAGAUCAGAAUUCACACGUGUCUGAAUGUACGACAGUGGCUGGAUUCAAGCAAAAAAGACCCUGCAAAGCUUUUCUCGUAGGGCUGUACCUGCUCCCACCCCCCUCGCCGGCAUGGCUCGGGAAGAGAGGGCAUGGCACACAGCACUGAACAAGCUAGCCUGAAUGCUUAGAGUCUGAACCAUGGAAAUAAGUCUUUUCCCCCACUUUUCAUCUCCUUCUCUGUGGCAGAUACCCCCUGCAGCCCACUAGCAAAGGUCCAGUGACAAUUCACUGUCCCCCUUCUGUCCCCUCAUGCCCCCUCAUUGGAUGAGGCUCAAAUUGCAACACACAUAAGACUGGCUGCUUCCUUAAACACAGGUACCAGUGAGCGCCAUCUUUGAACCAUGGAAACGGGCUUUCAUUGCGUAAUACCAAGCAGGAUCUGAGUGACAAAUGAAGUGAUUUGAAUCUGCACAUAGGUGAGUUCAGCCUGAUCACCCCUGCUUACUCAGGGGCUGGGGCUCAGGGCAGCUGUGCAGCCCUUCACUUUGGCACUGAUCCUGUAUCACCAAGUUGCGGUAUUGCCAAAGCCAGGCCUCAAACAAGGAGAUGAUAAGCCCCUACCAUUUGCUCCCAACCCAGUCACACCUAAAGCCCUUCCCAGGGUGUUCACCAGUCAUCCCCACCUUCAUGUUUUCAUUGCAAAGAGUAAUCUGAAAUGCUUCCUAAAUGUCUAAGAAACAACAGCACGCUUGGAAAGGCUGCUUUAAUAUGAAAUAAAUGGCCACAAGAAAAAAAAUAAUCUAAUUUAGGAGAGGCUGUUGUUCUUCACUUCCUGUUUUUCCUAAUAACAUUAUGUGCAUAUGUAUAUAUCUAUCUAGUGAAAUACCCCCUCAUUCUUACAAUUUAUAAAUAGGGAUGAGGAAAAAAUCCCUUUCCUUAGAGAUAUAAUUAAGUGAUUAUGCAUCAAUAAUUUACUCAAAGUUUUAAAAGCACAAGCAAGCAUAUAGUAGAUUUCCUGUCCACAGCAAGCCUGGCAUACACUGUAUUUAUAUCUGUAUUUUACUUACAGACCAACUUGACAGGUAUGCAGUAAAGCAAACACAUCUACAGGAACUGCUCACAGACCAGGAAGACUUUGUCUUUCUCUCUCAUUCACACACCUUAGCUUUGGCUGGAUGAAAAUUCAGGCCCAGACUCCACAAAGAUUUACCCACAGGCUUUCCUUCACGUGCUGUGAAUGGUCCCACCUCCUUUAAAGGUUAAGCAUGGGCCUAAGUCUUUGCAUAGUUUGGGCCUGUCCUCGCACAUUUAAUGGAAAAAGCUGUACGGUUGUGAAGUAGUGGCUGGGGAACACGUGUCUAAAUCUGAUAAUACUGAUGCACCUCUCAAUUUUGGCUUUGUUCUUCCAAAAAUGUUUCUAAUGGAUGAUACAUUUUCUUAAUCUUGACAUAGGACACUGUUAGCAAUAGCAGAAUUAAGGUGCAGGCAGGGAAUUUACAGGAGAGGAUCACGUUUUUAGUCACAACUGCUGGCUUGCCACAGCAGCUGGAAUUUGCAAAGGGUACUCACCUUGUCAGGGAGGGAUGAAGAGGACAAUCCUCCUGAGAAGCCCUGGAUUAGGGUGGAGAUGAGAAGCAGAUGUGAAUGCUGGCAAACCAUUGGUGUUAAAACCACAGGAGGCUAAAUAAUUUCUAAAAUAAAAAUAAAAACAAAUGGUGAGCUAGGAAACACACCACCAUUCUUGUCUUUGGGUAUAAAGGAAAACAAAUCACACAGAAUUAUAGUUACUUGGGAUUAUAAUAGAUGUGUACACAACAGUUCUGUAAAGCCGGAGCCACGGGAGCAUUUCGUAAAAUAAAUAUAUCAGUAGACCUUAUUGCAGAAGUCACUUUUAAAAAUUUCCAUAUGACUGAGCUGUGCAUCUGUUAUAUUUGUACUGCCUGCAGAUAACGCUAUAAUGUACUGUACAAUAAUGUAAUUGAACGAAGGAUAAAAUGAUAUAACCAUGCACUGUAUAAGAUUUAUUAAAAUAGUUAAGUUAUACUUCUAA